UCGAGCACCAAGCAGCUGCGCAGCCAUGCAAUAGUACCGAAAACACAGACGCCCCGACGCGCCAACCCAAAGAAUGUCGGCAUCAUAUCUUCUCCCGCAGCCUGACAGCGUUGAGGAGGAAGGUGCUCGCGCGUAUUAUAGUGAGGUUGUGGCGGCUCUGGGUGCACCGACUGUUGAAGUUAGGCUUGCCACAGAGGAUGGCAAGGGCAAGGGGGUGUUCGCGACCAAGGACAUCCCCGAGGGCGAGACGGUGUUCACAGAAGUGCCGCUUGUCAGUCUACAACACAUCGAGAACCGUGGCAGCGCACUGGUCUGCUACCGCUGCCUGCGGUUCGUCGGGACGGUGGAGCAGCAGAUUGGCCACAAGCUGCACUGCCUGGUAGAGGACCUCAAAGCCACCAGCACACACCACCAGGCCGACGGCGACGGCGGCGCGGGCGGCAGCGGCGCCGCCGCCGGGGCAGCGGGGCCGUCCGGAGCAGCAGGGGCGGGCGGCGACCAGGAGGGCGAUGGGGAAUCUCAGGACGGCGUGGACGUGGAUCUGGAUUUGGAGGAGGCGCUCAAAGCGGGGGAGCGGCUGGAGCAGGUGUACUCGCACGUGACGCCGGAGCGGAUAGAGGCGCUGCGCAGUGGGUCGGAGGCGCUGCCACUUGCAGACGACUUCCAACUGCCGCCGCCGGUGCCCUGCCGGCGGCGCUGCGGCGAGGUGUUUUGCGGGGAGGCCUGUGAGGCGGCGGCGUGGGAGCAGUUCCACUGUCUGCUGUGCAUAGGGCCAGCGCCAGCGGAGGCAGCUGGAGCAGCAGCGGGAGCAGCAGCGGGAGCAGCAGCGGCUGCGGAGCAGCAAGGCGCAGAGGCUGGGGUUCAGGGUGGUGGGGAGGAGGUGGAGGUGUUGCAUGGGGUGCGUGUGGACCGGCGAUCGCUGGCGACAUUUGUGGAGCACGCCAAGGAGACCAAUGAGAUCUUCAUCCUGGCGGCACAGGUGCUGGCCUCUACGUUGAUACGCGCCGCGCGGGCACUGGAGUCAGGGGAAUCAGCAGCAACAACAGCAGCAGCAGGGUCCUUGGCCGACGCAGGGCCAUCCACCUCGCCUCCCUCCCAGCAGCCGCAGCAGCACACGCCGCAGGCCUGCCAGGCAGCGCUGCAGGCGGGUUGGCGGCCGUAUGUGUAUGGGUGGAAGCGGGUGUGGUGGGAGGCGGUGGCGGUGCCGGAGGAUGUGGACAGCGAGGAGGAGUUCAGGGAGCAGCUCAGGGCGCUGGCUGCUGACUCGCUGGAGCUGCUGACCGCGGCGCUGCACGACCCGCGCUUUGGAGCCGAUCUGCUGACUCUGGAGGUGUACGGCAGUGUGGUGGGUCUGUUCGAGCUGAACAACCUGGGGCUGUCCGUGUGCUCGCCCGUGGAGGACUUCUUCCUGGCAGUGGACGAGCAGGAGGAGGGGCCAGACAAGGCCGCCGUGUGCAAGCUGACGGGUCCGCUGCUGGACGCGCUGGAUGCCGAGUACGCCACGCCGUGCGAGGCCACAGCCUUCCUGGCGCUGCAGAGCUGCAUCAACCACAGCUGCGACCCCAACUGCACCGCCGCCUGCGACUCGGGCGACCGCACCGCCACACUGCUGGCGCAGCGCGACAUCGCCGCCGGCGAGGAGAUCACGCUGUCGUACAUUGACGUCAGCCUGCCGUACAAGCGCCGCCAAGCCGAGCUUCGUGACUACGGCUUCGUGUGUAAGUGCGAGCGGUGUACGGCAGACCUGGCGGCGGCGCGGGCUAAGAAGGCGGCGGGCGGCGGCAAGGCGGGCGGCGGGGUGGGCGCGCUGCGUGCAAAGAUUGGCAAGCGCCGGUGACGCAGCGUGUUGAGUUGGUGGGCCUGGGCCUCCCGGAUGGAUGAUAUGGUGGUCUUAAAAUGUAAGGGGUGGAGAGUUGCACUGAAGGAGAGGCUUGUCGUCCCGAGCCAGAGCGCAUGGCCAAGCAAACGUUGCGGUAGCCGGAUCGGCAUGUUUGAGCUCAAGACUAAAGCCAUGUGUACGUCAGGCACGUGUGAUAUGAGCGGCAUACGAGUGCGCGGCAAGCCGGCAGGCAGGUGCCAGGCGGGAGCCACCCAGGUGUGCAGUGCAGCUCAAUGCCUGCAGAGGCGUCAGCGAACAAGUGAAUGCCUUGUCCCUUCUUGCUACGCAUUUAUGUGGGCACGGGUGGGAGCCACACACAUCGGGACUACGCUUUCCUGCCCCUUGCCAUGUUCCAUCACGAACAAGUGAAGAGCGGGCUGGCGCUGCUGGUGACCGCUGAUGGGAUUGCUGGAUGGCGUCGUAUCAAUACCUUGUAAGGCGUUAUGGUG